UAUAUUUAUAUAUAUUGGUUUUGAUGUUCAGGUAUUACUCGCGUGCGCGUAUUUCGAAGAAAGGAAUAAAGGAGUUAUCCGAAAAUCUGUAAACCUGAUAUAGUACACGCGUAAAAAAUUAGUCUUCUCUAAUCUCUUGAAGAAGCCAUUAUUGUUAUGCAGCUAGAAUGAAAUUGGAACUGAAAAAUGGACGAAUACACGGCUUCUUGUACUCAGGUUCAGACAAUAAUAAACGCGGCACAAUGUAUAAGAGAAUGUUUGACUUGCAGUAUUUGUCUAGAUUAUUUUAAAAAACCAGUGACAAUAAAAUGUGGUCACAAAUUUUGUCAAGGUUGCAUCUUGGAAGUUGCUAACAAUGACAACGCGAGCUGCCCUUUGUGUAAUACUAAGUUCCAAAGGCGAUCGAUACAUAAGGAAAAUAACAAACAAUUUGAAUCAUGCGUUGAACGCUUUAGAGUUUUAUCAAAAGCCAUUCAGGAUGAUUCAGGUAUUGAUGUUUUAGAGUCUUGCCAUACAGCAAAGAAUUCUAAAGAAAGUGUUCCUCCAAUACCUAAACCAAGCCCAUCCAGAGUUGUAGAAGCCUCAACAAGCUCGAGAGGAUCUGCUCAUACAAAAAUACGUGCUUCUGGCAAAGGGCGUGCUGUCUUGCAAAAGAAGUCUUUUACUCCUAAAACCAGAACGACUAGAAGAACGAGCAAUACUUUAUAUAAAUAUUUAUCGGCUAAGACAAUUGGUACACCUGAUGAUGAGAAGGUGGAAUCUCAAGAUAAAGUUGAAAGUUGGCUCCAAUUUAUUGAACCUGCUGACGCAGAUAACGAAGUCAUAGAUGAGAUAAAUAGAGAUAUCAUUGAGGACACAGAUAAUGAGGCUAUCUCUAAUCCUGAAGAUUCUCCUCUAACAGAAUAUAAGCAUGCAAACCAACCUUCUACAAAUAAGUCCUGUUUUACUGAAACAAAACAAAGUUGCGAGAAACCUCUACCGCAUACAUAUCCUAGCACUUCAAAAGGCAUAACAAAAUAUAAGGAAACUGAAAUGAGAAUACAGGAGGCAGAAAUAAUGGCAAGAAAGAAAAAAUUAAAUCAAGCUCUCACAGAUAGAGCUAUCUUAAAGACACCGUCCUCUGUACCAGCAGUAUCACAUUCUGAUGCCCACGAUUGGCGCAGGGUGAAGCGAGUUGGAAAAGAAAUGCAGGUCAAAACAUUCAAAUCUUUGAAUGUCAGUAAAGAGAAAAGUUUUUCAUCAAUAGUAUUAGAUGAUACUGUACCCUGUAAUCUAAAAACACCAGAAAGAAGUAGAAAUGUUUUUGACCUAUCUAAUCCAGAAAUCAUACCAAAGGCAAAGGGCUUUUCUAGUCCAUCUCAAAUUAAUACAAAUCACCGGCUUCAAGAAAAUGAACUACCUGGUGAAGAAUCAUUGAAUUUGGAAUCUAAAUCAAAUCCUAUUGAUUCAUUGAAUUCUCCACCAAAACGCAAACUUUCCCUAAAAAUGAAAUCGUUGGAUUCUACUAGUUCCAAAUCAACUCAGUCACAUGCCAGCACACCGGAUAAAAUAAACCUAAAUAAAACUGAAUCCCCAACAAAAAUUACUACAGAUAGGCCAAAAAGUAGGCUAUCUCUCAGAUUACAAAUUAGUAAACCUGCUGAACAUAAAUUGGGUCUGAAGAAAUCUUCUAAUGAAAAUCAAAAUCCCACACGUAGUAACGAACAUAAAUUAAGUUUGAAUAAAUCCCCUAAUAAGAAUCAAACUCCUAUUAUUAGUAGUGAACAAAAAUUAAGUCAAAAAAAAUCUCCUAAUAAGAAUCAAGAUACUACAAAGAUUAAUGAACACAAAUUAAGUUUCAAAAAACCCCCUAACAAGAAUCAAAAUCCUAUAAGUACUUUAAGUACCGAUAAGAGCAAGUCAGCCCGAUUGCCUAAUUCUAAAAUAGUCCUAUUUAGAAAAUUAGGGAAAAUCUGCAAAAAAUCGAAGUAUAUUCCUUUUAAAAAACUUGGCAGACUUUGCCCCAGAGUCACUGUAGGAAAGGUCGGUGUCAAGGUCAUCAGCAAUCAAAAUGUAAAUGUUGAUAUUUCUUGUAUAAAAGUGAAAAGAAAAGUUAAGGAAACUAGUAAUGAAGUCAAAAUGGUAUUACCUGAAGAGGAUUCUCAAUUAAAAUUCUUUACAGUAGAAGCAUCACCUUGUGCCCAACCGGUGAGCAGAAAAACUUUUGACGGUAAAAGUCCAGUGCAUGAAUCUGCUGCGAAUGAAACUCAUCAAACAAUUAUGACAAUGGAAAUUGAUGAAAGUCUUCCAAGUGUAACUCUAAUUACAUCUCAAAGAAAACAAACUAAAGAUAAUAAAAGUGUAGGUAGAGAUGAUGCACACAGUGAAACUACUAAUUCUGAACCACCUACAAGUAAUUGUAAGAAACCAGAAGAAGGUAUAAGAAGUAAUGUAAAUGAGCGCAAAUUUGAUGAUGUAUCUUCUAAAACUUGUGAAAAAGUAGAUGAAGAUAUUCUUACAACAAAUAUUGAUGGUAAAUCAAGCAAAAAAUGUAAAAAUUUUGAAUCUUCAAACCAUGAAAAUUUGCAAAAAAAUUUAAAAAGCGUUGAAAUCCUGCAUAAUGCAAUUUCCAUUAGUUCAAAUGAGAGUGAAUCAAGGGAUACCAGAAAACAAGCAGAUUGCGAAAAUAUUGAUUUAAAUAGAAAAAAUAAACACUCUGAAGUAGAAAGUGAAACUAGUGAAUCUUCACUUAUGUAUGUGCCAAAGCAAAAAGAAAAAUUUGAUGAAAAUAAAUCUGUUUGUUCGAGUAGAUCAAGUUCUCCUUUAAGGACUUCACCAUUGAAGAAAAAGAGAACCCAUUCAGAAUCAUCAAAUGACGAUGACGAUGAUCUUGUAACAUCUAUUAUUGGAAAAUGGACUAAUGCAAAACCAGUUGUUAAAAAACCUAAAGUGAUUGAAAAUAAUCAAAAAAGUUUUAAAAAGAGUAAAAAUAAAUCAAAUCAAUUGGAAAAUUCUGAUUCUGAUGACAAUGAGCAAACAUUAGUUAAAGAUGAAUCCAAGCAACCGGAAUUCGUCAUGCCACAAAGAGAUCCACCUAUAGAUGAUAUUAUUAGUAAAGUUAAAAGUUUCAAAGAGCAGAAGGAGGAUAAUUACAGUGUAAAUAAAUUAACUGGUUUACCUAGUUCAUUGCAGUCAGCAGAUCUUUUUGAAUCUAAUGAUAGUCGACUCAGAGUUGAAGCUAAUAAACAAUCCAAUGAAAUCACCAGUGAUAAUUCUUCAGUAAGUACUUGGAAUCCUAACAAAGAAUCCGAUAAAGAAAAUGUUGAUCAAAGUUUUGAAGCAGAGGAACCGCGAUCGGAAACGACAGUCGUCGAUUUGUUGCAAUUUGACGGAAAAAAAUCAAACGGCUCUAUUUGUUCAAAUAGCUCUAACAAAGAGAAUAAUGCAUGCAAUAAAGUAAAUGCAGAUAACAGUAAAAUAAAAGAUCAAGUAAAUAAAGUGAAAAGUUCUCCAAACGAAAAAAGUAUUGCAGAUAAAAGUCAUGAUAGCCCAUUAGAUUUAUAUCAUGUACCUGAUAGUUUAAUGAAUAUAACACAGGAACAGUUAGCUUUAAAAAUGAUUGAAAAAGAUCUCAUGGGGGCUGACAUUUCUACCGUGAAUAAUGAGAAUAGAGACUCUUGUGAAAGCAAUAAGUUUGCGACACCACGUAGAAAGGUUGUGAAUUCGCGUGCAGGUAAUAAUGAUGAUGACUUUGAUUCUGAAAGCAUUGACGCUACACCUGUGGCUAAGAAAAGACGAAUAUUUCGCCAAUGUCAAAGUAAAUCUAGUGCAGAUGCAGGAAUAAACUCAUGUGAGAUAUUUUCACCUGAAAAAAGUUUGCAACUCAUAGCGGCUGUGACGCCAAUGAGAAAUAGAACGUCAUACCCUUUGUGUCAUAGCACGCCUAUGAUGAUUAAUACACCCAGUCCAGAAAAACAGAGCAGGCCUCAAAGAAAACCCAUGGCAUUGAUUUGCAGUGGAUUAACGCCAGCAAAUAUUAAAAUAGUACAAAAUUUUGCAAAAAAAUUCAAUGCUACUUUCUUAGUUACUUUUACCGAAGACGUAACUCACGUGAUUGUAGCAACGGAUCCUGAAACAAAAUUAGGACAAAAGACAUUAAAAUAUAUACAAGGCAUUGCUUUUAAGAAGCAUGUUAUCAGUUUUCAAUGGAUACUGGAUUGUUUAGAUGAAAAUGCUAUAUUGGAUGAAGAUGACGAAAAGUAUGACGUGCUGGAUCCCGAAAUUUGCGAAUGUGGAGCGAGGAGGUCUCGUAAUCGGGUUCAAGAUUUGUUCGAAAACUUUGCUUUUUACUGUUUGGAGCCGUUUAGUUCUAUCUCGUUGGCAGACUUAAAAAGUUUACUCGUUUACAACGGUGCGUCCGUCACUUCGACCGUGAAAGAGCUUUCCCUUCGAAAAGAUAAAUAUAGAGUCAUAAUUCUUGAGUCUGAGGAAUUAUGCCCAAAGAAACUGGCUGCCUUAAAAAAAGUAGAAUGUGUUAUGGUUUCCUUUGAAUGGGUGGUGGACAGUAUAAGUCAAUAUCAAAUCGUGUCACUUUUUACGUAUUUGUAUGAAACUAGCCCGGAAGAAGCUAUUGCAAUCGGAUUGCCCCCUAGCUACUUAACAGAAGAAGUGGUGGAGGAAGAGGAAGAGGAUGAAGAAGAAGAGUGAGAAAAUUCCGAAUAGCCGAUGUACAUCGAUGUCUAGGGUAUUCUCCUUGCACAUGUAUAUUAACAAAUGUUUAUCUUGAUAUACUAGUGUUCUGUAAUAUAUAAAUUUUCCGCAGCGUUUAAAAAGUUAAUUUAGGUUUUAAUAACAAAUCGAUUUAUUGUGAUAUGCUUGCAAGCAGCGUUUUAUCGUUUCAGUACCAUACUUAUAUUUAUAUGACCGAUACUAAGGUACAUGUUUUCUUUUCCUUCAAAAGCGUUACGUUAAUACUCUAAUUAAAAAAAAAAGAGACGAAUAUUUAUAUACACCAGUUGAAUAAUUAGUGCAUAAUAAUAAUGUUUGUAUAGAUAUGAAUGAUCUAUAAUUGCCUAUUUCGAAAGUGUCCUUAAAAUUGUUGAAAAUGGUGGUAUAUUGUAUGUAUCGAUUUACAUUUUCUUACAAUACGUGUAAUAAAAGAGCGAUAUUUUGAUACAUGUAA